CAAUGUGCGUAUUUCACUACUCCCAGCCACAAGGAUACAAGGCGGGACUAUAGUGGAAGAUGAUGGCGCUGCCCAUGUUCCGCACUUGCAGAGCUGUGUGCCAUUUGAUUAAACGACCAGGAUGUUACUGGAGUUUGAGACUGUCGGCGGAGAAGAGAAAUCGUUUUGUUCCCCUCGAGUGGAGUCGACACUAUUGUUCUCAGGGCGACGAUAUUUCUAAAAACAAGCAAAAAGUGGUUGUGGUGGGCAUUCCUAAUCCUUUCAUUUGGUUCAGAACCCGCAUUUAUUACUUUUUGAUUCGAGCAUACUUUGAUCAGGAGUUUCGCAUUGACGAGUUCAGCGAUGGAGCCAAACAGGCUUUUGCUCACGUUUCGAAGUUGCUGUCUCAGUGUAAGUUUGAAGCUUUGGAUGGGCUCGUAGCAAAUGAUCUGCUGGAGAAGAUCAAAGAGAAAUGCAGACUUCUGCCUACAAAUCACCUGCAAGCUUUGGCUGCUGAUCUUUGUGACAUCAUGUACAGCACGCCAGGGGAUAUAGGCAUCUAUUAUGAUGAUAAUGGAAGAAAAUUUGUCAGCAUUCUUAUGCGCUUCUGGUACCUGACUAGUGCACACAUCCCAGAAGAAACGCCAGAAGGUUCUAAGGUGUUCCAAGUAAUGUUUAAAGACGAAGGGAGUAUUGAGACCAGGAAACUUAUCACAGCCAAUUAUGAGUUUCAAAGAGAAUUUACACAAGGAGUUGCUCCAGACUGGACUAUUACACGGAUUGAGCACUCCAGAUUAUUGGAUUAACCCUGGAACAAGAUAUGGAAGAUGUGAUCAUUAACUCCUGAUUUUUAGAAAACGUUUUUCUUUAAAUUUCUUCUAUUUUGUAUGGAGAAGCUAAUUUUGACUACUUGACAUCAGUACUUUAUUUGCCAAAAGUGAACCUUUCUUGGUUCUGUCCUUCACUGUUUUAUGGAUAUGCACAAAUGGAACAGUCAAGUUUUCAUAUAAAUGCACUUCUCAUGUUUUAUUCUGAAACUAUAAUGAUUCAACAAUGUUUUUCUUGCUGACAAUAUUUUGGAAUCUUUUUCAGGUAGUUUUUUAAAAUUUGUUUCCUUACUUCCUUUAAAACUUUUGAAGAAAAUAAUUGUUGCAUGCCAAUGUAAAAAAUAGUACUUGAAACAUUUAAUCUGAGAUUUUAAGUAUUACUGAAGUAUUGUAUUAUAAUGGGAGUGAAUCUUAGUGGAAAUUAGUAUUACUGAGGGCUUUCCAUGUUACAGGUUUACUAUUUAUAAAGCAAUAGUUGUCAAUUCAUUUUUUGUUGGUGGGGUUUUCCACUGCACUAACAAUAAAGUUGAAAUCAUAAUACGUUUGGGUGGAUGAGCCUCUUCAAUAAAAUGCUUUUAACCCAAAAACAAUUUUAAUAAAGCUUGUCCUUAAUGGUUCUCUUUAAAUUAACUUAAUUUUAAAAUGUUGAAUAAAAAUGUCUUUUUUAA